AUGGACAACACAGGAGAUAACUCCAAUCCUAUCGUCUUUUUCGACAUCACUCUUGGUGGAGAGCCUCUUGGUCGGAUUAAAAUAGAACUAUUCGCGAAUAUCACUCCACGUACGGCUGAGAAUUUCCGUCAAUUCUGCACCGGAGAGAGCAAAAACGCCCAGGGCAAACCACAAGGCUAUAAGGGGAGCAAAUUUCAUCGGGUAAUCAAAGAUUUCAUGAUCCAAGGAGGUGAUUUCAUACAGGGUGAUGGCACAGGAUCCUGCACAAUCUACGGCACCCCGAAGUUCCCAGACGAGAAUUUUGCUCUGAAGCAUGACCGAGCAGGCCUCCUGAGUAUGGCAAACUCGGGCCCCAACACGAAUGGCUGCCAAUUCUUCAUCACGACCACCCCGACGCCCUUCUUGAACAACAAACACGUUGUAUUUGGUCAGGUAGUCGAUGGCAUGGACAUCGUGCGAAUGAUCGAGAAUACCCGCACCACCAGAGACAAGCCUAUUCAAGACGUGACGAUCGUGCAAUGCGGAGAAAUGUGA